GACGUGUUUCCAAUGGUAAUAGGUUAUGUUCUACAUCCAUGAGCUCAGCAGCAGUAUAGUCUAUUAAUGUUUCCCAGUGUUCGGCAUAUUUAAAAAAAACUAUAAAAGGACCUGGUGCAUUAUUUAUCCGAUUAUCUCUCUGGCGCAUUGAUUGUGGAGGAGUUGUGUAGGUCAUAGGAUGCCAGACAUUACACUUAGAGAUUUCUGUUAUUGCAGUUUAACAGACAAGGAUAUCCAAGAAACACAGCUGAGGACGUAGUGUACUUUUGAUUUAACAAAGAACGGAAGAUUAUGGAUGAAGGCACAGUUUCCAACGACUCUGUUCCAGAUUUAAAAGAUUUGGAGGUGAAAAUCGGACGGAAGACACCGGAGGGUUUGCUAAAGUGGAUGCGGGAAGAGGCGUCAACGCAACGCGGAGAUGUCAAGUUGAACUCGCCGGAGACCAAAGACGGAGACAUCACAGAGAGGAAGAGCCUAGAUGAGAAGAUUCGAAAACUAAAAGUCGAUAUGGCCCACCUGCGCUCGGUGGAUGUGAAGAUCCUGCAGCAGCUGCUGGCGGUGCACGAGGGGAUCGAGGCAUGCAAGUGGCUCCUGGAGGAGCGCGGCACCCUGGCCAGCCGCUGCAGCAGCCUGACCAGCAGCCAGUACAGCCUGGGAGAGGGCCCUGGAGGAGACACCUCCUGGAGAGACAGCUGGAGCAGCCUGCAGGACCCCCUCAAUGACAAGCUGGAUAACAUCUCUAUAGGUAGCUACCUGGACACCCUGGCGGACGACAUGGAUGAGUACUGCCCCUCUAGUUCUGAGUAUGCGCUGUGUUCUACUCCACUGGGGACUGAGAUGCCCACACGGACUGGCGGUGGGACAGGUGCUGGGGUAGGGGCGGGGAGAGGUGCUGGAGUAGGGGCAGUGUCUGGGGCAGACGUUUUGGCUGGGACAGGAGGUGCAGGAGCUGAGUUAGGACUAGGCACAGGGGGCAAGGUAGUUGUUGGGCCUGGGGCUCCCCAAGUCAAGCCAGAGAUCCCCAAGGAGGAGCCUCCCAUUUGGACUAAGGCCAAAAAGGUUGUGAAAGGAACCACCAUCACCAAGGACUCCAACCAAAUGCAGCAGCCCAGUAAGAGCAACGGCGUCCUGGAGAAGGCAGUCAGGCAAGCAGGAGGACUUGCUGACUCGGCCCGGGCCUGCCUGGCUGAGAGGCUGGGGAAAAACCAGAGCCCCAAAAUCAAACCCUAUAAGAACGGCAAGAUAGACCUGGAUGGCUGCAAGAUGAAGGGCACAAUGCACCUGGAGUAUGACGCCCAUUGGCGAUGGGUGCAGUCGCAGGAUGAUGUUACAUUUCUGUGAGGCGGAUGUAUUACGCCACUAAAGACGCUUAGCCUGCUCCCAUGUGAUGACCAAACAGGUCAAGGGUUAAGAGAGAGUCUUGGACUGGUGUUGUGGUUGAUUGCAGUUAUUAUACAAACUUCUACCAUUGCCAUUGUACAAGACAUCAGGUGUGGAUGAGUAGGAGAGCACAACACCGCUACAUUAUGUUCUAUUCACUCUAAAUGUGACUGCACUAAAUUUCUAGAACAUUGACAGUAUUAUAUUUGGGAUAAAGUUGAUAUUUUUUUUACCCUCUCUUCCUGUGUGCAUUGUAACAUACAGUACCAUAGAAAAUGAACAAUUUCCAAAAUAAAAUAUAUUUGUUACACAUACACGUCUAUAGAACCUAGUUAAUGACCAAAGUUUGCCCUUUACUGAUCAAUCCCAUGUCAAAGUGAUUGUAAAACACCCUAUGAAUUAUAGAUACCGGAAUGCUUCUCAUACAUACUAUACCAUAGCAUGCAAAGAGCAUCUCGAAUGUUCCUACUGUUUGCACACGUUUGCUAUUGUGGAUGUCCUAAAACUACCUAAAGUACUUAUACCAGUCAAUGCAAUAUGUAUAAUCAGUGAAUCGCAAUGCAAUGAAUCUGUGCUUCAGGUUCUUAUGUGGGUGGAUGUGUUAAAAUGUGUUAAAGAGUAUAAAUAUAGUUAUUUUGUGGAUUGUACAGUAUUUUUCAUUUGGAAAGCAGAUGUUGUCAUUGGUGUAAUCCUAAACUAUUAUGCCUGUAUCUCCCAUUCCAAGAUAACUGCACUGUGUUUCUGAUAAUCCCGAUGGUUUAAAUGACUGAUUUGCCCUCUUUCA